CAGCCCCUAUGACCACGAGGGUUUUAAUCAUCACUGAUGGAUAUCUCUCCUCUAUUGAGAGCACAAACCUGUCUCUCUUGUUUAAUCUUGCCCUGCUCUCCCUGAGCAGAAAUGGUAUCCAGGAUGUUCAGGAAGAUGCCCUGGAUGGCCUUACGAUGUUGCGGACCUUGUUGCUGGAGCACAACCAAAUAUCCAGUUCUUCGCUCACGGAUCACACCUUCAGCAAGCUUCACAGCCUGCAGGUGCUGGUGCUGAGCAAUAAUGCUCUCCGCACCCUACAAGGGUCUUGGUUCCGAAACACGCGGGGCCUGACCCGGCUCCAGCUGGAUGGGAAUCAGAUCACUAACCUCACAGACACUUCUUUUGGAGGCACAAAUCUCCACAGUCUCAGGCAUCUGGAUUUAUCCAACAAUUUUAUUUCCUACAUUGGGAGAGAUGCCUUCCGGCCCCUGCCUCAACUACAGGAAGUGGACCUUUCUCGAAAUAGGUUAGCCCACAUGCCGGAUGUUUUUACUCCACUGAAGCAGCUAAUCCUUCUGAGCUUAGAUAAGAACCAGUGGAGCUGCACUUGUGAUCUCCAUCCCCUUGCUCGGUUUUUAAGAAACUACAUUAAGUCUUCUGCUCACACGCUCAGGAAUGCCAAGGACCUAAAUUGUCAGCCAUCUACCACAGCUGUGGCAGUUGCAAAGAGUGUGCUGAGGCUGUCUGAGACCAACUGUGAUUCCAAAGCUCCCAACUUCACUCUGGUUCUAAAGGACAGAAGUCCCCUCCUCCCAGGGCAGGAUGUGGCCCUGCUGACUCUCCUUGGCUUUGCAGGAGCUGUUGGUCUUACUUGCCUAGGUUUAGUUGUAUUUAACUGGAAACUCCAACAAGGCAAAGCAAAUGAACACACAUCAGAAAACCUUUGUUGCGGAACCUUCAGUGAACCCAUGUGUGCUCAUGAGGCAAGAAAUUACCAUACUAAGGGAUACUGUAACUGCCACUUAACUCAGGAAAACGAGAUAAAGGUCAUGUCCAUUGUGGGGUCCAGAAAGGAAAUGCCACUUUUACAGAUAAAUAGCCAUCAAGCAACAUUGGUCUCUGAGUCCACAACCCUUGAUGGAUCAUUUGGAAACCUGAAAAAGAAAGACCAUGGGGUAGACAGCACUUUGUUUUGCCAGGAUGGUAGAUUGCUGCAUUCAGGAUGCUCAGAGCCUCCUGAAAAUAUGACAGCUUUUAAUGAAGCAGGCUUACUUACAACAUACUAUCCAAAGAAAGUUGAAAAGCUAAGGAAUCUUGAGCCUGGAGAAGUCCAGCCUCAAACUCUGCGACAGCAUGUAGUAAGAACAGAAGAUAAGAGCAGUGACAUAUUUAGAAGAAGAUAUGCAACACCCGCUUCAGCCUUGGCAGGAGAAAGUCUUGAGAAGCAUUUAACAAAUGAAUCAUGGCAGCCUCCAGUAGAAAAAGAAGACAAUGGCUUACAACCUCAUAGGCAAAGACAUUUUAUUACAAGCUCAUCAUCCAAGCCUUGUGAGCCUGAGGAACACUGUGUACAAAAGACCGUACAAAAACAUAGAUCAAAAUAUGAUGAUCCUUGCAGACUGUUAAAACAGAGCAGACCUAAGUAUUUUCAGCCAAACAAUUCUCUUAUCUGUAAAUAUGUGCCCUGUAAUCAAUUUGAAGAUUACAUGAAAGAAAAGAAGCCAAAUUGUAGAAAACACUCAAAGCCUGAGAAAGAGCAAAUCCAAAUUAACAGUGCAAUUGAAAAGUUUAUGAGUGAAGACAACAUAGAUUUAUCAGGAUUAUCAACAAAAAUCAAGAAAGCAUGUUCUCCAAAGAGGGUUAGCUUCCAUGAUCCUGAUUUAGCAGAAAUAAAUAGAUUGAUGAUAUCAUCCAAAACAUCAACCCCUUGGAAACAGCAGAAAAAUCAAAGUAACCAGCAGACUAAGUUGGAUCUCAAAAAAUGUAGCAACAUUGGGAAGAGAAACAAAGGAGAAAAAUGGUUUACUAAUUCACGGGUUCUGAAAAGCAAGAGAAUCUAUCAGUCUGACCUCAACCGGAAAAUUAAAGGACAAAACUUAAAGAUAAAAUUAAAUUUACAUCCUUUUAGAAAAGUUAGAGUCCAUCCAGAAAAAUCCUUGUCAGGCCUCCCAAAGCAAUGCAAGCAAGUAUUAUUACCUCCUAAGAAACUAUCCAAAACUUCUGAGACAAAAGCCAAAAUAAAUACUGUGUCUUCUGCAGAUUUUCUUCAACAGUCAGAGAGUAGCAACUCUGUUAGACUCACUUCAAAGAGGCUGCCUCUGAAACAUGCCUCAAAGCAGACCCCACGUUACCAACGAAACACUAAACAUGCCCCCCUGUUCAGUGCUAACAACUUGUCUGUAGUCAACCAGAGCUCUAUUGAAGACAACCAUCACUCAGCUGGCCAAAUUCCUGAUGGAAACCCAUCAGAUGUGCCUCAGCCUCCUCCUAUUGAUGCUGAGCACAGGCACUCACACUCUCAAUUCUCAACUGAGCCAAUGGAAGGUGCAACUCAGCUUGAAUCUAAAGUGCUUGGUUAUUUACCAACUACUUGGAAAAAUACAGAAAAUGAUGUUUUACCAUCCAAACAUUCCAGGGGGGCUAUUGACCAAGGGACAGCAGAGUCCACUGAGUACAUGGAACAGAAUGUAUCAAAGACCAGUGAGCUAAAUCAGCUUGCUUUGUCCCCAAGGAAUCUAACGCAACUUUUAGAUGUUCACGAGACUGACAACUACAAGGAAUACACUUUAGACCAAAAUGAAGCCUUACAACACAGAGAGCAAAAUUCAAGUCAUGCACAACUUGAAAAUAAAGAAAAAGCUUUAAUGACAAAACCUCAAAUACCACAUAAAAUUGUAGAAAAUUGUAUUAUGGAUAAGGAAGAAAAUGAUGUAGGAAGAAAACUUUCAAAAACAGAAACUUAUGAUUUCUCUCUCAUUCCCCAAAUACAAUCCAAGAACAACCUAUCAUUUAUGAAGACAAAUUCAAUUCCAUUCCAAAAUAGAAGAGAGCUUCCCGAGGAUAUCAGUACUUCUCCUGUUAGUAGUCAAACUGUUUGGCACCUAACCAAGAGUGGCGAAAAAGGAAUUGACAGCACAAGUGCAUUGCCCAGAGAUGACGGCACUGAAGCACUAGAGAUAAAAAUAGUAGGGAAAGAAGAGAAAAAUAUGCUCGAUGAAAGCAAGACAGAUUCUAGUAUGUUAAUUCAGAUCACACAAAUGACCUUAAAAGGUGACACAAAGGAAAGGCAGCAAACUUGGGAAAAUGGAACAAGUGAAAAACAUGUAUUAUAUGAUGUGAGCUCUGCUGAGGAGAUCAUUACAGCUAAAGAUUUAAGUGUCACAGGUUCCCAUGAAACCAUACUUUGCAGUGAAGUAGAUCCUGAAAUUAACAGUAAUAUGCAUAAUUUGCGAGAAGUUCAAAAUAUUCAACAAGAUAAAGAUAGUGCACAUAAAGAAAGCACAAUGACAAUGGAGACACAUGAAGCGCUUUCCCUCUUCCCAGGGUUAAAAGACAGUUUUGAGGAGGAAAACGAGGUGCUUUUAGUUCCUAGCAGAAUAAAUGAAGCCAAAAAUUCUGCUCCAAAACCUGUACUGUAUCCACCAUCUGCUGAAUAUGCUAGUACCUCACCUUUAGAAGUAGAAUAA